AUGGCGCUUCUCGAGCCUUUGCGAGAAGCUGGGCAGCGCGUGGAUACCAUUCUGUACAAGGCUGAGUUGAAAGCCCUGGCCGAGUCGGCUCAGGAAGGGCUGCGGGUGGACGUGCUCUUUACAAAAGCCAUGGGACUGGAUGACCAAGCCGUGGUAAGCAGCGUUUUGUACCGUCGCACUCGGCUGCUUUCCCCCAUGAGAGAAGAGGAGUUUGAUGCCACGACCUGGCAAUACGGAGGCUGCCCAAAGGAGGAACUGGCGUCCUGCGUCCCGGAGCAUCUGCUCGAUCCCAACAGUACCCAGCUCCAGCGCCUGAUAGACAAAGCAAAAGAGGCAGAAGCCCACUAUGGCGGUGAUGCAUGGCGAGCUGAACGCCCAAAAGCAAGUUGUGCCGCCGCCGGCCGGUGUCAACAGCAGCUGGAUGCACUGACGGCCUUGAUAGCUGAGAGGUGCCAGGAGGACACGAAGAGAGGGUCGCCGGUGUCGGUGGGUGGCUGCGAAGCGGAGGCUGCCGGCGUCGUGAACCUCGGGGAUUUCGAAGUCUGGUCAAAGAGCCUGGUGGCUUGCGGCAAGGACAAGCUGUUCUUGCUCCUCUGGAGCGGCUUCAGGGAAGAGGAGCGCGAGGAAGUUCUGUGGCCUCUGAGAAGACAGGGAGGCUGUGCGCUUCAGACGAUGGCGCCUGAGGACACAGCCCUUGCAAGGCUCCUCAACGAUGAGAGGGUGAGGGUCUUGCAGGAUUGUCCUUGGAAGGUGACGAAACCGUUCUGGGAUGGCGCGUCCCGCAACUUUGCCGGCAUGUGGGCAUCUCGAAAUGGACACCAGGCCGCCAGCGUCACAGUCGCCAUGGGCUACCGCGGCUUCGGGCACCAAGGCACCGAGAAGUCCAUGUUCAACACAGUGUUCUACAGAUCGGAGUUGAAGGCCUUGGCCCAGGCCAGCCGUGGAACAUUGACAGUAUGGCUCGUCUUCACCAGCCCAGGGCUGAAGAAGGGGGAGAUGGAUUCGGCGACUGCAGUGGCUUUCGAGCGGGCCCUACUUCUCUCGCCUCGCGGAGACGAUUCCUGGCUUUCUUCUGGUUCUGGCUCUUAG